AUGGCGCAAGUUAAUAUCCCACGUACUGUUACCGAUCCAUUCUAUCGCUACAAAAUGCAAGUACUUCAAACCAAAGUUGAAGGAAAAGGCAAUGGUAUUAAAACUGUUAUAUUGAAUCUCACAACUAUCGCAAGAGAUCUCGAUAGAACUCCAGAAUAUAUCUUGAAGUUCUUUGAGAUUGAACUUGGAUCACAAACAAAUAUUGAAUCGGAAAGAUACAGUGUCAACGGUUCGCAUACUGUCGAUGCUUUGGCAAAGGUUUUGGAUUCUUUCAUUGCAAGAUAUGUUCUAUGUGGAAGCUGCAAGAAUCCAGAGACCAAGUUCAUUAUUAAAUCAAAGACCAUGGAUCUCAAGUGUGCCGCUUGUGGAAACAAGACCCCAUUGGAUAUCAAGCCAAAGAUGGCUGCUUACAUCAUGAAGAAUCCACCCAAGGCAACCUCUGGUUCAAAGUCAAGAACCACAGCCGACGAAGCUCCAAGCAAACCAUCGUCAAAGGAUCUCAAGAAGAAGAAGGACAGCGACGAAGAAGAGGAUGACGACGUCGUCUGGUACACCGAUACCUCUGAGAAAUCCGUUGAGGAGAGAAAGAAGAAGGCCAUCGGUGGUUCUACCGCUGUUGUCAUGGCAAUGAUGGAUCUCGGUAUCAACGAGAUCACCGACCCAGUCGAGUAUUUGGUCAUGGCUUUGGUGCGUUCCGACGACGAUUUCUACAAGGAACUCGAUAAUGUCAAAGAGAAGUUUGCACUCGCCCGUAGCUACGAUGUUGCUCGUGUUGCCGUCGAAGCACUCGCCAACAAGUCUGCUCAAAACAUGUUGGAUGCCGCCACCAAGAAGAAGUCACUGCUCGUCAAGAUCUCAAAGAAGAAGGAUGGUCAAUACGGUAUCCUCAUGGGUUUGGAGAACGUCUGUGCUGCCGAUCCAGAGUUGUUGAAAUCGGUCGUCAGAAUUUUCAAGAGUCUCUAUGAUGAUGACAUUGUUACCGAGGAAGUCUUUAUCAAGUGGGCUACCAAGUCAAAGGCUAAAGAAGUAAAGAAGGUUGUUGCUCCAUUCAUCGAAUGGUUGGAAACUGCUGAAGAAGAUGAAGAAGAUGAAGAUGAAGAAGAAGAGGAUGAAGAGGAAGAAGAUGAGUAA